AGAGAUUUUAUUCGCCGGCCCCUGGAGCCGUGAUCUAAAUAGAAACGUGUUUUAUCAGCCUGAGGAGGGUUUAGCAAAUGGGGAGCCAAUUAGAUUCACUGUGCACACACUACAUACAGUAUGCAUACAGUAGCAAUGGCCACCUCGUAUCUACAGUGAAUUCACUCUGGAUAGCAGCUCGUCUGUAGAGAUGAUCAAGUUCUUCCUCAUUGUGAACAAGCAGGGACAGACCAGGUUGUCAAGAUACUAUGAACGCAUGGAAGUCCAGAGACGGACACUGCUGGAAUCUGACGUCAUCAAAUUGUGUCUGUCACGUUCCAAGGAUCAGUGUUCCUUCAUAGAGUACAAAGACUUUAAGCUGGUGUACAGGCAAUAUGCAUCUCUCUUCAUUGUCGUUGGAAUCGAUGAAUCUGAGAAUGAAAUGGCAGUUUUUGAACUCAUUCAUAAUUUUGUGGAGGUUUUGGACAAGUACUUUAGCAGAGUGAGUGAACUGGAUAUUAUGUUUAACCUGGAUAAAGUGCAUAUCAUUUUGGAUGAGAUGCUGUUAAAUGGCAGCGCAGUAGAGACCAAUAAGACUCGGAUACUCGCUCCCCUGCUUGUGCUGGACAAAGUGGGAGACAGCUGACAAUCCUGAGAGACACAGAUAGGAGUGACCUAAAGGAAAACCAUGCUUCUGGUAUAUAUGUCAAGCAAUGCAGCUCUUAUUUAAAACACUUAUGUAUAUAAACUGUUUUGUUUUUAAUUAAAAAUAUUUUUCUUAAA